AUGACCAGAAAAAGACAAUCUUCUACAGUUGGGACACCUACUAUGUCAGAAACAGUACCGUUGGUUUUUGAGUCUUGUCGUCAAGGAACAUACCUAUUUUCAGAAAUUCCUCAAUGGCAGCGAGACAAUCAUUAUAUACUUUCCGGUUAUGUUCGGGAGACCAAAAGUUUCAGAGCUUGCUGGGAUUCAUUGUUUUAUCUUCACAAUGAGACUGUUAAUAUCAUAACACACUUGGUUCCAGGACUUCUGUUUCCAAUUGGACUGUUCUCAGUGUCGCCAUGGAUGGUGUCAAAUGAUCGAUUGAUUAGAUCUGUUCCAAAUUGGCUGAUACAAAUUCCCGUGUUUGAUAGCACCACAAGAGCGGACAACUUCAUUUUUGGCCUAUUCUUCUUUGGAUUUGUGUCUUGUUUAUCGUUGUCAGCGAUAUUUCAUGCUACCAAAUGCCAUUCCCAUAAAGUCAUGAAGCAGGGAUCAUCUCUUGAUUAUGUUGGAAUCAUUUGUUUGAUAGUUACAUCAAUGAUUGGUAUUAUUCAUUAUUCAUUACAAGAUGACCCCGGAGCACGUUGGAGCUGUAUUGCUCUUGUUGGGUUAUUCGGAACCGUGUGCCUGGUUCUCACCUUAGAUCCUGGUUUUCGAGAGCCUGAAUGGAGAACAUUCAGGGCUACGAUGUUCGUUAUCUUCGGAGUCUCUAGCGUGAUUCCAAUAGGCUAUGGCUUAUUUGAAUACGGGGCUACAGAGGUUUGGAAUCGUGCGGGGCUUGGAUACGUUCUUUUAGAAGGUCUCGGUUACAUAUCAGGAGCGAUUAUCUAUGCAAUGCGUACCCCAGAAAAGCAUGCUCCAGGAAGAUUCGACAUCUGGGGAAAUUCACACCAAAUAUUUCACGUUCUCGUGGUCUUGAGCGCAUACUCGCAUCUCAAAGGACUGAACCAAUCUUAUAUAUGGGCACAUUCUUCGGGGGUGAUGGAUAAAGGAAUCUAG